AUGAGGUCGACAAGUAGCACCUUCCUGGCUGCCUUUACGGCAUUGCUACCAGCUAUUGCGGCAUUAGGUCAGAACGCAACGGUCACGACCAAAGCCGACUCAUCGUUGUUGCAAUUGGCUGGCUCCGGGAUCAGUGGACAGAUUCUGGUCAGUAGUGAGGAUUGGUGGGGUGUCAUUCGCGCUGCCGAUGAUUUGGCUCAUGAUUUUGGGAGAAUCACAGGGAAGAACUUGACGUUGGGGAAUUGGGUGUCGUCAAAUUCGACGAACUCUACUUCUUCGAAGCGAGGGAAUGUUGAGAGAGCGGAAGAUGCUGCGCCGAAAGGUUGGCAGGAUGUUCCUGAGAGUGGACCGCAAAAUGGUCCGCAGAGUGUUACGAGAGCCACUGCUGCUGGGUCUCAGACUACGGUUUAUUACUGGUACAAUCCGGUGACUUCGUUUAUAAACUACACUCUCGCACAAACAGCCUCCAACUUCACCGGUCCAACCCUCCUCAACAACGCACCAAACAAGAAAACCGUAAUCAUCGUUGGAACCGUCGACAAAUCCACCCUUAUCACCCAACUCGGCAACAGUGGCAAGAUUGACCUGUCUGAGCUCAAGAACUGCUGGGAAUGCUUCAUCUCACAAGUCGUCGAGAACCCGCUGCCAGGUGUGGCCAAAGCGCUUGUCAUCGCAGGUGCGGACACACGAGGUACUAUUUACGGGCUUUACGACAUCAGUGAGCAGAUUGGUGUUAGUCCGUGGAAUUGGUGGGCAGAUGUCCCGGCUGUUAAGAAGGAAGGAGUGUGGGCUCUUGCGCAGAGGAAGUUCCAAAAGAGUCCUACGGUGAGGUAUCGUGGGAUAUUUAUUAAUGAUGAACAGCCUGCUUUGACUAAUUGGAUUGAUGGUAAUUACCAGAGAGGCAAAUAUGGGGCUGGAUUUAAUCAUUACUUUUACCCAAGAGUAUUUGAACUGCUUCUUAGAUUGAGAGCCAAUUAUUUGUGGCCUGCUAUGUGGGGGAGUAUGUUUGGUGUUGAUGAUGAGGCGAAUCAACCGAUUGCUGAUGCUUAUGGUAUUGUUAUGGGUACAAGUCAUACAGAACCAAUGGCAAGAGCAACAAACGAAUGGAACAGAUUUGGCAAACCCCUCGGCGGAAACGGUCAAUGGGAAUUCGACACCAACAACAAAUCACUUACCGAAUUCUUCACCGUCGGUGCCCAACGUGCUAAGCCAUAUGGAGCGAACACUCUCUUCACCAUGGCUAUGCGUGGUUCUGGUGAUACAGCGCUUCUCCUCACGGAACAACAAGCUAUUGAGGUGCUGCAAAAUGUUGUCACUACGCAGAGAGAAGUGCUGGGAAAAGUGUUUAAUGGAACAGAUGUCUCUGAUAUCCCGCAGAUGUGGUGUUUGUAUAAGGAGGUGCAGAGUUAUUAUGAGAAGGGUCUUGAUGUUCCGGAGGAUGUUACGCUGCUUUGGGCGGAUGAUAAUUGGGGCAAUAUCAGAAGGUUGCCGGUUGGGAAAGAACUUGAUCGAGUCGGUCGCGCUGGUAUCUAUUACCACGUCGAUUACGUGGGAGACCCAAGGAACUACAAGUGGAUCAACACUAUCCAGCUCGAGAAGACCACUGAGCAAAUGCACCACGCCUAUGAGCGACAGGCAGAUCGGAUAUGGAUUCUCAACGUUGGAGAUUUGAAACCCCUCGAAAUUCCUAUCAACCACUUCCUCGACCUAGCAUAUGAUGCCGAGAAAUGGGGUCAAGGUUCAACAUCCGAGUGGCUUAAAGCAUGGGCAUCUCGUGACUUCACGCCUGAACUAUCAGACCGUAUUGCAAAGGUUGUUAGCACAUAUGGAAUGUACGCUGCUCGUCGCAAGUACGAACUCAUUCAAUGGGACACUUACUCCGUUGUCAACUACAAUGAAGCAGAUGCUAUCAUUGCUCAAUGGCAAGCUCUCGCCGUUGAGGCACAAAGCAUCUACGACAAACUCCCUGUGGAAUUUCAGCCUUCAUUCUACGAGAUGGUCCUCCAACCUGUUCUAGGUGGUGGAGUCGUCAAUAUGAUCCAUAUUGGAGCCGGAAAAAACAGAAUGUAUGCUCAGCAACGACGAAAUAGUGCCAACUCGGUUGCUGAUAAAGUGCGUGACUGGUUCUCGGAAGAUCACAAGCUCACACAAAGAUACCAUGAUCUAUUCAAUGGAAAAUGGAACCACAUGCUUGAUCAAACCCAUCUCGGCUACGACCUCUCCUGGCACGGCGCCCUCUACGACGGCUACUGGCAACAACCGAUGCGCAACACCCUCCCACCCCUCUCCUACGUCCAAUCCCUCGAAACCUCCCUGGCAGGCAACAUCGGCGUCUCCCCCGAAGGCACCAACGCCAGCGUAGCCGGCGACGACGCCUGGCACGACAACUCUGGCAACACCCUCAAGGUCCCCCCAAUGGACCCCUACGGCCCAAAAACCCGCUGGAUCGACAUCUUCGCCCGCGGCACCGCUGGCUGCCAAUGGACCGCCUCCCCCGUCGCUCCAUACGUGAAAGUCACACCCAACACCGGCUUCACAGGCGGCAACAACGGAACUGACUACCGCGUCCUCGUCUCCAUCGACUGGUCAAAGGCACCACCAGCCCCAAACUCCACAGUUGUAAACAUAAACAUCACAUCCUCCUGUCCAACCUGGGGAAAUUUCCCCGCGCCCAUAAUCCAAGUCCCCGUCAACAACAUGGCCGCCCCAGCAGAUUUCCGCGGCUUCAUCGAGUCCGACAAACACAUCUCCAUCGAAGCCGCCCACGCCACGCGCAACACGUCCGUCAACGGCGUCUCCUACGCCGUCCUCUCAAACUACGGCCGCACCCUCUCAGGCGUAACCCUCUCCCCCGUCCUCGCCGAAACCCAACCCGUUGGCACCGGUCCCGUGUUGGAAUACGACAUCUACACCUUCACCAACACGACCGCCGCAAACGUAACCCUCUACCUCUCACCAUCCCACAACAACCUCGGUUUCGCUCGCCCUCUCCGCUACGGCAUCGCGUUCGACGCCGAGACUCCCAAGAUCAUCCAACCCACUAGUAACUAUACCGGUCAAGACUACCCGAAAGGCUGGAAUCAGGCGGUGGCGGAUGGGGCGUGGGGUGUUAGUGGGAAUAUGACGACGACGAAGCAUGAUUUGAGUGUGAAGGGGAAGCAUACGUUGAGGAUUUGGGUUGAGCAGCCGGGGAUGACGGUGCAGAAGGUGGUGGUUGAUUUGGGGGGUGUGAGGGCGAGUUAUUUGGGACCGCCGGAGAGUUUUUUGGGGGGGAGGGAUAGUGUUGGUAUGUACGAGGGGACGAAUUUUGCGGGGGUGGGGGUUGAGAAGCCGUUGUGA